AUGAAUACCAGUGGUGAUGAAGAAAGGCGCUCUAGUGCGGGUUUUAAUGUGCAACCGACGCACCAGCUACAAAAUGGUUCUGGAGAACCAUCAGUGCAGCAACCUCCAUUACAAACGCCGCCAUCGGUGUCGAUGGAUAGUUCGUCGAUGAUGCAGAUCUUGAAAUUAAUGCAGCAACAAAUGGCGCAGCAGCAGAACAUUUUGGCGCAGUUAAUGCAGCAGCAAGGGUCAGGUCAAAGUUCAUCCACAACACCGGAACAAAUCUUGGAUUCGUUGUGCAGCCACAUUAAAGAAUUUAAAUACGAUGCUGAGGCUGGAACGACAUUUGCCGCAUGGUACAACCGCUAUGAGGACCUGUUCGAAAGAGAUGCUGCCCGGUUGAGCGACGAAGCAAAAGUGCGCCUUCUCAUGCGCAAGCUAGGAACUCUUGAACAUGACCGGUAUGUAAAUUUUAUCUUGCCAAAGUUCUCACGAGAUUUUUCAUUACCAGAGACGGUCGCAAAGCUGACAGAUUUGUUCGGAACUAAGGAGUCCCUGUUACAUCGACGGUUCAAAUGCUUAAAUACGGUGAAGGGGAAGACGGAAGAUUAUCUAGCGUACGCAUGUCGCGUCAACCGGGGUGUAGUCAACUUUGAGCUAGGCAAGUUGACGGAGGAACAGCUUAAAUGCCUUGUAUUUGUUUGCGGGUUGAAAGAUGAUAAGGAUGUGGAAAUUCGUCAAAGACUCAAGCAAAUACUAGAACGGUCUCAGUCAAUGUGCACAGCGUUCAGGAGAGAAGGAAUCGAUGCCAAAACAGCAUCGGGAGCAGUGUUGCAUAUAAUCGGCGAAUUCAGUGCCAACAUCACCAUCAAAGAAGAGCAGCGUGUCGAGACGGUUUAUGUUUCGCAAGCGGACUUGAAGCUGUUGGGAACCGACCUAAUCGAGGCCUUUUCCUUAUGGUCAGUGCCUGUUGACCAGAUAUGCAACGCCAUUCAAUCAUCAACGAAUAAGGAGCUACGACUACGUUAUCCCAAGCUGUUUGGAGAGGGCAUGGGCCUAUGUACAAAGGGAAACGUUACUCUGCAGCUGAAAGAAAAGUGUCGUCCAGUUUUCUGCCCUAAACGUCCAGUUGCGUACGCUAUGCUGGAUGCAGUCGACAAGGAACUGGACCGGCUGGAGAAGCUAGGAGUCAUCACACCGGUCGAUUUCUCUGACUGGGCCGCACCAAUUGUCGUCGUGCGGAAAGCAAACGGUCAGAUAAGGAUCUGCGGAGAUUACUCGACCGGUCUCAAUGGAGCCUUGCACCCCCAGGAGUACCCGCUUCCACUACCAGCAGAUAUUUUCGCCAGGCUAGGUAAUUGCACUCAUUUUACACAAAUAGAUUUAUCGGAUGCUUUCCUUCAGGUCGAAAUUGCUGAGCAGAGUCGGAAGUUUCUAACCAUCAACACGCAUAAAGGGCUUUACUCCUACAACCGACUACCACCGGGCAUCAAGGUAGCUCCUGCGGCUUUUCAACAGUUGAUGGACAAAAUGCUCAUUGGAUUGCGGGGAGUUUCCAGUUACAUGGAUGAUAUCAUUAUCGGAGACACCAUGACGGAUUACACGCUCAAAACGGUCCGCAUCUGUCAGGAGCAGUGCAAAUUCACCGGCACUGAGCAAGAGUUCCACUAG